UGCGUUCAGCGACUACUCCUCCUCUGUGCCCUCCACUCCCAGCAUUAGCCAGAGGGAGAUGCGUAUCGAGACCAUUGCUGCCUCCAACACGCCCACACCCAUCCGCAAGCAGUCCAAGCGCCGCUCCAACAUCUUCACUUCACGGAAAGCCAACAGUGAACAGGCAAAGACCACUGACAGUAAAACAGAUAGCAUAGGCAGUGGAAGGGCCAUACCCAUCAAACAGGGCAUCCUUCUGAAGAGAAGUGGGAAGUCCCUGAAUAAGGAGUGGAAGAAGAAAUAUGUCACACUGUGUGACAACGGCCUCCUCACCUACCACCCCAGUUUACAUGACUACAUGCAGAAUGUGCACGGUAAAGAGAUUGACCUGUUGAGGACCACGGUCAAGGUGCCAGGGAAGCGACCACCCAGAGCGGUCACCACCAUCGCCCCCACCGCCAGCCCCAAGACCAACGGGCUGACCAAGGACCGUAGCACCCUGCAGCUAGGAGUGGGCACUACAGGUGCGCCCCACUCUAACAGUAGUACGUCCCUCCAGUCAGAGCAUUCGGUCGGCGGGGGAAAUCUGGUGGGCUUCGGGGGAAGUAAAGACGGCAUGCACCAACGCUCCUUCUCUGUGUCCAGCGCUGACCAAUGGAACGAGGCCGUCAUCAACACCAGUGCAAGCACCGGGACCGCCAACGGGAUGGCCGAGCCCCUGACCUGCAGCUCUGGGGUGGGCAGUGCCACCAGUCCUAAGCAGGAGCCUCCCCCCUCGCCUCACGCCAACCGCAAGAGACACAGACGGAAAAAGAGCACAGGCAUCACCAAGCCAGACGGACCGUCUACAGGCAACGAAGAGUCGGAGGAGUCGUUUGAGUUCACCAUAGUGUCUCUGACGGGCCAGAUGUGGCACUUCGAAGCGUCUACGUUUGAGGAGAGAGAGCUGUGGGUCACAGCCAUUGAGAGCCAGAUUUUUGCCAGCCUGCAGUCCUGUGAGAGCAUGAAGAACAAGUCCCGGUUAGGCAGCCAAAGUGACGCGGCAUCCAUUCAGUCCAUAAGGAACGUGAGAGGGAACAGCUUCUGUGUGGACUGUGAUACAGCCAACCCUGACUGGGCCAGUCUGAACCUGGGGGCUCUGAUCUGUAUAGAGUGUUCAGGGAUCCACAGGAACCUGGGGACCCACCUGUCUAGGGUGAGGUCUCUGGACCUGGAUGACUGGCCUGUGGAGCUCAGCAUGGUGCUGAUGGCUAUAGGCAACACCAUGGCCAACAGUGUCUGGGAGGGGGCCCUGGAGGGGUACACCAAGGUGAGAGCUGACAGCACCAGGGAGGAGAGGGAGCGUUGGAUCCGGGCAAAGUAUGAACAGAAGCUGUUCCUUAUGGAUGUCCCCCAGUCGGACGUGCCCCUGGGGCAGCAGCUGCUUCGGGCUGUGGUGGAGGACGACCUGAGGCUGGUGGUGCUGCUGCUGGCCCACGGCACCAAGGAGGAGGUCAAUGAGACGUACGGGGACGGGGACGGACGCACUGCCCUGCACCUGUCCUGCGCAAUGGCCAAUGUGGUCAUCACCCAACUUCUCAUCUGGUAUGGUGUGGAUGUGAAGAGUCGGGACGCGCGCGGCCAGACGCCGCUGUCCUGCGCCCGGCGGGCAGGAAGCCAGGAGUGUUCUGACAUCCUGCUCCAGCACGGCUGCCCCAAUGACCCCGUCAGCAGCCUGACCACACCUAACAUGAGCCGCAGAAACCCCGAUGUUAACCCUAACCCUAACGUCAACAAUAACAACGCCCUCGGUGAACUCAACCGCAGUGUCAGUAUCAUGUAAGGAGUGGAGAUCCCAGAUCCCAAGAGUGGAUCUGACCGGACUCACGGAUCACCAAGGCCCCUGAACAUACACAUACUGUGUCCCCAUAGACUACCCAGUGAUCGUACUACUUUCCCAGCGCCCAGUCCUCAUUCUCCUCUUACUCUACUUCAUAUUGUGUAACCUAGACUGAGUAACUGACAGUGGAGUUUUGUUGUUGUUGGCGCAAUGGACAGGAUAGAGAUAUUUCACGACACUGAGAGAGGUGCUUAGCUGGUGGACAUUGUAUAUUGUAUUUGUUUUGUUGUUUUUCUCAUAUCAUCACCACAGAGGUGCAUCUCUGUCAGAAACGUUCAUGAUCAGCUUUAAAGCUUGUUAUUGUUAUUAAGCAUCAACCAAAUGAAUGGCUCAAGAUUUCUUUGUGUUUUUGGCAUUCACCUCUCCCCACUCCCCACUGUACUAAAACAUUUCCUUUCAGGUCUUCAUCUGUUGGAGCCAGACUGGGUUUUUAUUCGACUGUUAUAUGAAAUGACUAAUUCCAUCCAUUCAUGCUUCCAUGCCUACAUGGAGAAAGAUGAACACCUUUGUAACAUCUUGCAUUAGAUACUCAAAAGGAACUUCUAUGUUGGAUGCACAGCGCAUGGUAAGUGAUACCAUGCAUAGUCAUACAGGAAAGAAACUAUUAAUAUCGAUAAUGUAAUAGAGUUUACGACACGUAAGGUCCUCCAUAAUCCAUGUCCCACCAAUAUCACAAUUAUUAAGGUUCUAUUUGACCCAGUUAUUAUUGGUACUAUUAAGCUAUCAAACUCUUGACAUGCCAUUCAUGUACAAAAGCAUGUCUACAUGGAAGAUCGAAAAUGAUUGAAAUACUUUACUUAGGGGCAAAAGGUUUAAACCACAAUUUGAGAUUUAAGAAAUUAUUGCACAAUGGGAGAUUUUUGGGAGAUAGUAAAGUGAUUCAUUUGUUGCCCUUACAAAUCAUCCAUCAUUAUAAGGGAAUUGAUGGGUCUGUUUUAUGAGCACCGGGCCGAAUGUUUUUUGUAAAGAUUCCUCUUCAAUCAGAAAUCUUUCACAGGGAUGAUUGAAGGAAGGAAAUUGUAUCAUUAAGACAUCUUUGUUGGAGUAAUUUCUGAACGGGUUGAAGAGUGUUGAUAAUUACUUGACACAUCACAUAUCCUAACCCAAUUUUCUAACUACUACAGGCGUAAUGGAAUAUCUGUUCACCUCCUGUGGCCGAAGGCCCUGUAUAUUGAUACUCAUGAUACUAUUUCUUGUUGUUGCUGUGAACUAUGUGGUAUGUGUGUGUGUGUGCGUGUGCUUAUGUAUGAGUGUGUGAGUGAAAGAGAGAGAGCAAGCGAUUGAGUAAAUCUGUGUAAGGACACCAUUGGGAGAAAAGGUUAACAUUUAUAGUUGUUUGACUAAAAUAUGUUUUCAAGUGUACAGACCUAAAGUAGCUCUUCCUCCUAUAAGAUUUAUCCUGAAACAUUGUGGAUUAACUUUGACUUCUGGAGUCGUAAUUUCCUCUCCAACUGACGUGACUUUAACCAACCAUCCUUACUCAAUGGACCUAACCAAGUACAUUCAAGUGUCAAACUGUGGAGAUGGUGACUGAACGGGUCAAGAAGGGAUGAAGAGAAAAGCUGCGAUGACUUGAGACACUAUGGUAAUUCUUCAUGAUAAAAUCAUAUGUAUAUAUCAGUUUUAGGACAAGACAAGAUAAAGUAGGAAGGGCUUUGACCACAGGAAUAUUCAAGUGAGAUUGGCAUAAAGUCUAUAGAGACAUGUAUUUUUCCUCGCUCUUCCGCUCUUUUAAGGAUUGAAAUUAAAACCCUGUUUUCUGGUCUUUAGUUUUACUAUGGCGGUGUUUAUGUUUACAGGGCAAAGGCUCUUCAUAUUAACCCUGGUACUUUAUCUACAUGGUUUUGUUGAUUCCCAGCGGGCAUAACUGGUUGGAAUUAUAUCAGUAUAACCAUAUUACAAUCUGGUUGUAAACUGGUUGGAAUUACAUCAUUUAAACCAGCUUGGCUCGGUGUAUUCCCUCUGUAUUUGUAGUUUAUUGAAGCUCACAGAAUAUCAAUGGGGCUCCUGAAUAGCGCAGUGGUCUAAGGCACUGCAUCUCAGUGCACGAUGCGUCACUACAGUCCCUGGUUCGAUUCCAGGCUGUAUCACAUCCGACCGUGAUUGGGAGUCCCAUAGGGUGGCGCACAAUUGGCCCAGCAUAGUCUGGGUUUGGCCGGGGUAGGUCAUCAUUGUAAAUAAGAAUUGUUCUUAACUGACUUGCCUAGUUAAAUAAAGGUUAAAUCAAUAAAAAAAAUCCAGAUGUGGUCAAUCAGGAAUAACCUGUAAAAUACAGGAUACACUUUCAUCCCUGUUGUCCUGAACUGGCCCUCAGAUUCAACCAAAUGACAUUUAGACUGACGGUCAACAGAGCUUGUAGACAGCCUUAAGUUAUAACGGUACAUUGACAAGUUGUUUUUUUCCUUAGGUGUACAGUAUGUGUAUAAACCACCAUGGCACCAACUUAAUUAAAUUCAUUCUUGAGUAAAUUUCCAAGUAUGUCUGAUAUACGGCUGUGUUUGAUCAGAGCUCAAUGCGUGACCUGGUUAAAAGUAGUGCUCGAUAAGGGAGAAGGUUAAUUACCAUUUCGGACACACCCAGGAUGUACUGUAGAUAUGGGUCCAAGAUCCUCUAUGACCAGACAAGCUUCCAGACAAACAAUUGAAAAGAUUUGAGUUUCCGGUCACUCUUUUUGACUUGUCAACCCUAUUUUUAUAUCUUGUUAAAUUUUUCCUCUUUGUUUUUAAGCAUAUUUUUAGGUACUUUGGUCUCAAUGUAUCUACAUUAUCUGACCAUUUGAGGUACUCUGUGUAUAAUGAUGUACAUUUGACAUAUUUAUAAUGCAGUAUGUAAAUAUUGUUUUUUUGUUUUCCCGUGAUUUUUUUUCUUCUCUGUUUACGUUUAGAAUGUGAAACAAAGGUCAAAGCCAAAGAGUUACCUGCAGCGUGCUUGGACGCUUGGCUGACCUUUGAACUAUUCAAACACUCCAAUAAAACAAUGUAGCCUUUCCUGGA